AUGUUGAGAAUAUUUUGGAUGAAUGGGACGUUAUUUUCCAGCCCUGGACUUAUGAUGCUGAUGACAACCAUAACAUUUUACUUUAAAAUAUUUGAGGAUGACAAGAGACAAAACUCAGGAAUAUAUUUAAACUCGGAAGCUAAAGUUGUGUCGAUGGACGAUGACAAAAGAUUGUAUAAGACUGACCGUGAUUUUGGUGCAACAAGCAGCACAGUUGCGGUCGAUGAGAAAAAGUUUAAACACAAGUAUAAAGUACCAGAAACUGUGAUCAAAAAUGCAAGAGAAAAUUAUUUUCGAAAUUAUUACGCUACGUUGAAGAAAACUCCGGCAUCAAUUGAUUUAAGCCCGAGUCCUCCAUAUUUUACAGAUUUGAUUGAUUCAGAUACAAAUUUCAAAAAUCCUUUGAUGCCGUCAGAUGGAAAUCUGCAGAUAGCUCGAAGACUUGCGUCUUUACUUAUUUUCGAAAUGCUAUAUAAAAACAUUGCAUAUCGAAAGGAAAAUAUAACACAAAGCUUAAAAAGAAAACGAAAUCAUAAAUAA